UUUUAUACAAAUAAUUUUUAAAUAACUUUCCGAUAGUUUAUUUUCCAGUUAAUAUAUUUUUGGAAAUUUGUAGACUUUUGCAUAGAAGAAACUUAAAAGAACUAUGAGUCGGAAAAAUGAAAGAAUUAUAGAAGCAUGUUUUUGCAAGGAUACAAUGAAAGAACCUUUAGUGGCAGUAGCGGGGUGUUCUGAUGAUAUGGCAGCAGUAUCAGCACUUCCCGACCAAUGGGUACCUCGCCAUUGUGGCCCUACUCUUACAAACUAUCUUAAAGACCGCGAACAAAACCACGAAAAGAUUUUACAAGACCUAACGCAAGAUGCAGCAAGAGUCAAUAAAGAUAUUGAUGCAAAAGUUAGAACUAUAUCUGAAAUUCUACUAGCUCAUAUUAAACAAAAUCAAAACGAUAUAGAUUGUGUCGUAGAAAAAUCUAAACCAGAUGAAGGAGUUCUUACUAUGGAUGCUAGGAAUAAGGCACUUAAAGAAAUCAGUAAAUUAUUUACAGACAGGUUACAAAAUUUAACGAAUUUUAAACAAGAAGCUUUAGGAUUAGAGAGAGAACGUGCUGACGGCAUAAGAAGCGUUUUGAAAUCUCAUUUUCAACGUUUGAUUGCUGUUGGUCAUAAAACUCCUAAAGAUUUGCUACACGACUUUGAUGAUAGGAUCUACGAAAUUAACGCACAGUUACUUAGUAAUUCUCGGGCUUAUAUUGAAUUAGAGGCACAGUUAAGAGUGCAGCUUGAUGAAAGUAUAGUACAUGCGCGCUCGGUUUUAAAUCAGUUAUGUCUUAAGCAAUCUAAAAUUACUAGAGGUCAGAGUGCUCUACCAUGGACGCGGAAAGGUCAAUCUUUUCAUAAGAGUUCCGAUGUUGCUGAUAGUGCAAGCAAUAAAGUUGACGAAGCAGGAGAUUCACACGGAGUCUUAGUUGAUAUAGAAGAAUUUAAAGUCUGUGUGUCUCAACUAAUUGAAGCGUAUCGUAAUGCUAUUCUUAAAAUAUUCUCAGGGUUUUCAAGUCAAUUAGACGACUUACACAAAGAUAUUGGGUUUCUAAAAGUUGACAGAAGUAAUUCAGGAACAGUAACUUUGGAAUUAGAGAGUAUGAUAAACAGUGCUCUUAAACGUAUAUCAGAUAGUAAAGUACAGGUUAAAGGAUCGAUUUAUAAGGAUUUACAAGAAAUGGCUCGUGAUGAUGUACAGCAUAUGCGACAAAGUUUAUUUACAUUAGGUAAGUGUCUACGUGAUACCUAUAUGACAUUGUUUGAUGCCAGCCAUUUAUGGGAUGAUCAUAUACUGCGUUCGGCAUUAGUUCAAAAGCUGACCGUUGCUGCGGUUGAAGAUAUGCAAAUAAACCACGAUAUAAUGGAACUCGCCAACGAAGUAAGUUUUAACAUCGCAUUGGAGCAACUGCGUUGUGCGCCCGAUGUUGACAAAUUGCAGUGUAACUUCGAAGUAGUUACGAAUUUACUGACAAAAAUCGCAGAUAUGAUCACCCAACAUAGCGAAAGUGAAAUUGCUAAGCUUGAGGAAUACAUGAAUUUACCUAUAAUCAUGGCUAACGUUUUGCAAGCCGAGUGCGGUGUUUUUUUGGAAAACCACCCCAAAACGAUUAUAGAGAAAUGUGGAAGUACAACUAGUGGAGUUUGCAUCGGAUCUCCUAUAGCGAAAGCUUUCACUUUACGCGCUCCGUUACCGCGAGCUAUUCUUCAAACUGAGCUUCAGGAAGUGGCUUUGAAUAAUUGGAAGAAUGGUUUUUUAGAUUCAUUCGAGUACAAUUUACCUUCAAUAACAGAGGAAUUGACUCGUCAAGCACGGAAAUGGGUGGACGAGAGAGCCUUGCAACUGAACAUGCGGUAUUCUCUAAAACUGAUGUCCCAUGGAAUAAGAGCUGAACGAAUGAAGGCUGCUAAGGCAGCGCGUUUGGCUGAGCUUCAACACCAUGAGCAACGUCUUAAUUCCCACUUGGAUGCUUUGUACGAUCGCAUUGAUAGUCUUCCGUUGCAGGCAUCCUCAUUCCUAGCAUUGGAUGCACCAGAAUUAUAUCCCUUCUGCAAAUGGAUUAACAAUAUCCAAACAGAUAUAGAUAAUCUUCUAUCACACAAUCCUGAUCCAGAAGUAAAGAGAUUGAAGCUGUUAAGUUACGCACCACGUUUACUGAAGCAUAGACAGCAGUUUGAAGAAUCUUUAGAUUUAGCUAUAGAGGGAUAUAAAAAGAAUAUUCAACAUGAAAUUCAGGUGGCAAGGAUCUCGAACUUUCGAUUUAUGUCGCAGCUAAAGGUUUUUAUUGAAGGUGGUAAAUAUGCAGCAGCCGAAGCGACCAAGACAUGUGCAGCUUUGGUCAAGGCAGCCGAUGCAUUGGAGGUCUGCCUCAACCGUUGUAUGGACGCGUUACACUCUCGCCGCUCGCAGUUGCUAGCUCUCGCUGACCAGUUGAUGCUACCGAUACAACGCGUUGUUGGAGAAGUGAAUAAAGACACUAAACAUGAUAAGAAGAAUAUAAACAAAACUACUAAGAACUUAAGAAAUAAAAAAUAAUAAUUGCAUAGGUACAAAGUGUGUAGUAGAGUGGAGGCGCAGCGCCUUUUUAGGAUUUCAACGGGACCUUAUUUAGUAACUAGCUGAUGCCCGCAGCUUCACCCGCGUGGAUUGGUCAG